GUCCCUCCCCCUUAAUAAACUUCAUCAAUAGCUGCACCAGCUGAUCGCGGUGUCCGUCAUUAAGUCUGUCUUCAGCCGCAAAGCAAGGACAAUGACAGGAGACCACUGGGGAUACGGCAAAGAGGACGGUCCUUCAGCAUGGCACAGACACUACCCAGUUGCCAAAGGGAGCCGCCAGUCUCCCAUUGACAUCAUCCCUGAUGAGGCCAGACGUGACAGCAGCCUGGGUCCUAUUUUCCUGAAGUAUGACCGGUGUACGUCUCUUAGCAUUGCCAACAACGGACACUCUGUAGUUGUGGAGUUUGAUGACUCAGAUGACCGCUCAGUGAUUCAAGGAGGCCCUCUCGACAAUCCUUAUAGACUGAAACAGUUUCACUUCCACUGGGGCGGAAAAGGAUGUGAAGGGUCUGAGCACACUGUAGCAGGGGUCGGCUAUGCAUCAGAGCUCCAUUUAGUUCACUGGAAUGCUGUGAAGUACACAACGUAUGAGGAUGCAGCAACAGCUCCCGAUGGUCUUGCUGUUCUGGGCAUCUUUUUAGAGCAAGGGGACGACCACAGAUGGCUCCAUACGAUAACGGAUGUUCUGUACAUGGUUAAAUUUAAGGGCAGCGCCACAAAUUUCAAGGGUUUUAACCCCAAGUGCCUCCUACCCAGCAACCUCCACUACUGGACCUACCUGGGAUCGCUGACCACACCUCCCUUACACGAGAGCGUCAUCUGGAUUGUCCUGAAGGAGCCGAUUGUUGUCUCGGAAAAGCAACUGGGGAUGUUCCGAAUACUUCAGUUCAGUGGUGAAGAGGAAGAUCAGAGGAUGCGCAUGGAGAACAACUUCAGGCCCCCUCAGCCUCUCAAAGAGAGGAUAGUACGUUCGUCCAAUUAAAUUCACCUCACUACAUGUCAACAUGUAGGUGUCAAUAUCAGCUUUUAAGGGACAGGGCAUGCUUUAGUUUGAGUGUACUUUGGCUGUCAUGAUAGUUUCUCUUUUUUUCUUUGGGUCUAAAAUCUUAAUGACAAUCUUUGCGAAUAUACAUAUAAAACUAUUUUUAUAAAGGGGUUUGAUAUUAUAAGAAAUGAGUAGUGAAAUUAAAGAAAACAUACUCUAAGUUAUAAGUUGAAGAUCAAAAGGCCUUAAUGGCACUCAGGCAACAGCUAAUCAAUGAAAACAAGCAACACAGUUGAAAUAAUUGGCAACAAAUCUUUCAAAAAACAAAACAAAACUGCCAAUAGCCUGACCACUGAUCCUUUAUCCCCUCCAGCCUGUGGUUGUUCAUGACACAGGACAUGAAUUUCUCAGGUACUCUUUUGAUGAAAUAUGCAAGAAUACAACCAUUUCUAAUGGUACAGUCAACAUAAUACUGCAAUCUGCUGGAUUUUUACUGGUUUACUUGUGCUGGAGAAUUAAUACAUAUUUAAAUUCUGAAUGGUCUUGUUUCUCAGUGCCUCACAGGGGCUUUGGUUUUGCAUUUGGGUAAGCUAUGAUCAGUUUGGGUAACGUUGCUUCUUGACUUUACUUAAACGCCCAGUCGAGAAGUGGCAUUUGUGUUAUGGUUGUUUAAUUGCAAUAAAUGUAAAUAAUGGGUGGCCUAAAUUUUUUUUUUUUUAUAAUGUAUUGUAAUUGCAUUUAUGUUGAUCUGAAUAAAAUUGUCCCCCCCCCCCCCUUUUUAUUUUUUUAUUUAUUUUUAUUUUUAUUUUAAAAGGAUAAGGAGUUGGACUUUUCACUUUUUGGGAUAUAGCUUUUCAUUAUUUGAGCCAUAAUUGUACACUUUUGACCACCAAAAGUAACUUUAAAUGAAAUAUUAGCU